AAAGUGUUUGGAUUCGUUUAUCAGCUCAGUUUGGCUCGUGCCGUCGUCGAACAAUGUGGUUAAGACUUUUAUUUCUCUGUGCAAUUGCAGCAGCAUCUUCAGAUGUUGUCUUCAAGCCUUUGGAUAUCCAGGAAUGCGUACCGAAUGAUCCAGAUGCACCGACGUGCAACGAGUACCUAUGUGAAAUGGUGAAUUCAGCUUUCGAAAAGAAGAAAUUAUGGGCUGUGAAAAUGGUGGACUCAUGGUCAAAACUGCCAUCAGGAAUUAUAGAAGGAAACAUGCAGGACUACGGAUCUUUCGACGAGUGUUUAAGAAUCGUUGGCAAGAGCAAAAACCUUGGUCUAAUCCACGGAAAAUACUGUCUUGGCGACGUCAAAAUUAAAGAGUUUCCUGUACGAUUCGGAAUUUGCGUUCCAGACAAAUGCAACAGCUCUGAUCUAAGCGAAUUCAUGAUGAACAACAUUGAAGACGUAGAAAAUUCAACUUUUACAAAAGAAUAUUGCCAAACGAAAGACUCAGCGCCAGAAUAUACAGCCGGAGAUAUCAUUGUUAUAUUAUUCUUUUCAGUUAUACUUUUAAUAGUUUUAUUCUCCACUUUGUAUGAUUUGUUCUUGGAUUACACGGAUUUACUACCUUACUCAGAUUUCCUAUUGGCGUACUCGCUUUGGACGAAUGGUAGAAAACUGUUCUCAAUAACAGAAAAUAGGAAUGAUCAUUUGAACUGUUUAAAUGGUAUUAGAUCUUUGACUAUGAUGUGGAUUCUAUUGGCACACGGUUAUAACACUAAGCUUCUUGGCGGUAUUACUAAUACGAAAGACGUGGAUGAGUGGUACAAAAACUAUUCAAGUAUGACCAUUCUCGGUUCAACUGUUGCUGUCGAUACUUUCUUCCUUCUUGGUGGAAUUGUUCUGGUUUACGUUUAUAUGAAGUCCAAAAUGAAAGGAAACGUUUAUCAAUCAACUUUAUCAAUGUACAUUCAUAGAUACGUUAGGUUAACACCAGCAGUGGCUGCUUUAAUACUCAUUCAUGUUACCUUAAUAAAACAUAUGGGCAGUGGUCCUGUUUGGCCAAAAAGUUAUCCUUUUAUGAUGAAAUUCUGCAAGGAAUAUUGGUGGUCACUUUUACUUUAUGUACAAAAUUACGUAAAUCCACAGUCAGAGUGCAUUGGACAAACUUGGUACCUAUGCGUAGACAUGCAACUCUUCAUAUUAUCCCCAAUAAUUCUCAUACCAUUGAAAAAGUACCCCAAGUACGCAUUAAGCGGAUUAAUUUUGCUUACAUCCGUAAGCAUGGGUGGAAUCUUUUACACCGCCUGUUACUACAAUCUCAGAGGUAUUGAGAGAAAAGGACCACCAGAAAGCAUUACCAAAUAUUACGUAACCACUCACACGAGAGCUCCACCUUACUUGAUAGGAAUGAUCGUUGGAUACUUCAUAUACCUUCGCAAAUGUUCGGGAAACAACUUCAAGAUCAACAAGAAAUUAAAUAUGGUUUUAUGGAUAGCCUCGCUCAUUGUACUCUUCACGUGCACUUUCGCAGGAAAGGAUUUGCUGAACACUGUGGAAUAUCAGAAAUAUACACAUGUAAUCUACCUAACUUUUUUGAGACCAUCCUGGGCUGUAGCCCUUUCAUGGGUGAUCUUUGCUUGUGUAACUGAUAAUGGAGGUCUUAUUAAUAAGUUUUUAUCCAUGUCGAUCUUCCAAGUUCUCAGUAGAUUAACUUAUGGCAUGUUCUUAAUCCAUUACUCGCAACUUUCAGUAUGUGAGUUAAACCAACGUAUUAGACCAUGGUUUUCAGACGGUUCACUUCUGUUAGAAUUUUGGUAUAACUUUGCCAUCACCUUCCUCUUAGCAGUUGCCCUAUGCUUGACCUUCGAAUCUCCUAUCAUAAUUCUAGAAAAAUGCAUCCGAAAUAGACUUUCAGGAAAUUAUCAACCGGAUGGUAACAGUAUGAAAGAAACAAUAAACAUAGUUAUCCCAAGGAUAAUUCCGGUUCCGCCCGUGGAUUCCCCAUACACGGAACCACUGAAGUGGACCCGCAUAAAUCUCCAAUUUGUCACAUUGUCCCAAUUGAAUAAAAUUUAUCAAACUGAUUGGAUCCGUUUAUCGGCUCAGUUUGGCUUGUGCCGCCGUCGAAUAAUGUGGUUAAGACUUUUGUUUCUCUGUGCGACUGCUGCAGCAUCCUUAGAUGUUGUCUUCAAACCUUUGGCAAUGCAGGAAUGCGUAGCGAAGGAUCCGAAUGCACCGACGUGCAACGAGUACCUCUGCGAGAUGGUGUAUUCAGCAUUCGAAAAGAACAGAUUAUGGGCUGUGAAAAUGGUGGACGCUUGGUCCAAACUACCUCCAGGAAUUAUAGAAGGGAACAUGCAGGAUUUAGGAUCUUACGACGAGUGUUUAGGAAUUGGUGCGAACAACUCAAACCUCGGUCUGAUCUAUGGAAAAUACUGUCUCGGCGACGUCAAACUUAAAGGAUUUCCAGUACGAUUCGCAAUUUGCGUUCCAGACAAAUGCACCACCUCUGAUCUCAACGAAUUCAUCAAGAACAACAUUGAAGACAUAGAAAAUCCGGCUUUCACCGAUGAAUAUUGCCAAACGAAAGACGGAGCGCCAGAAUACACGGCUGGAGACAUCACUGUUAUAGUGUUUUUCGUCGUUAUACUUUUUAUAGCUUUAUGCUCCACUUUUUACGACAUGUUCUUGGAUUAUACCGAUUUACUACCUUAUUCAGAAUUCCUACUGACGUUUUCACUUUGGACGAAUGGUAGAAAACUGUUCACGAUUACAGGAAACAGAAAUGAUCAUCUGAGCUGUUUGAAUGGUAUUAGAACUUUGAGCAUGAUGUGGGUUAUAUUGGGACACGGUUAUAACACUAAGCUUCUCGGUGGUAUUACUAAUAUGAGAUACGUUGAUUCGUGGUUCAAACUCACUUCAAGUAUGAUGAUUGUCGGAGCUACUGUAGCUGUCGAUACUUUCUUCCUUCUCAGUGGAAUUGUUCUUGUUUACGUCUAUAUGCGAACCAAAAUUCAAGGAAACGUUUUUCUAUCAACUUUAUCAAUGUACAUCCACAGAUAUGUCAGAUUAACUCCAGCAUUAGCUGCUUUAUUACUCAUUCAUGUGACGUUAUUAAAACACAUGGGAAAUGGUCCUUUUUGGCCAAGAAGUUAUCCUUACAUGAUCCAAUUCUGCAACGAAUAUUGGUGGUCAGUUUUACUUUAUGUACAAAAUUACGUAAAUUCAGAUAGAGAGUGUAUUGGACAAAGUUGGUACCUAUCUGUAGACAUGCAACUCUUCAUAUUAUCCCCAAUAAUACUCAUACCAUUGAAAAAAUUCCCCAAAUACGUAUUGAGCGGAUUGGUUUUGCUGACAGCCAUAAGCAUGGGUGGAACCUUCUACAUCGCCUGUUACUACAAUCUCAGAGGCCUUGAACAGAUAGGAAACAUGAAUACCCUCACCAAGUAUUACGUAACCACUCACACGAGGGCUCCACCGUAUCUGAUAGGAAUGAUCGUCGGUUACUUCAUAUACCUUUGCAAACGUCCUGGCGGCAACUUCAAGAUCAAUAAGAUAUUAAAUGUGGUUUUAUGGUUAGCUUCGCUCACAGUACUCUUCGCGUGCACAUUCGCAGGAACGGAUUUGCUGAACGCUGAGGACUAUCAGAAGUAUCUACAUGCUUCUUACCUAACUUUUGUGAGACCCUCUUGGGCUGUAGCCCUUUCGUGGGUAGUCUUCUCUUGUGUAACUGAUAAUGGAGGUCUUAUUAAUAAGUUCUUGUCCAUGCCGAUCUUCCAAGUUAUGAGUAGAUUAACUUAUAGCAUGUACUUAAUCCAUUACACUUUACUUUCGAUAUUUGUGUUAUCCCAACGUACUGCAAUCAGGUUUUCAGAUGGUGCACUUAUGUUGGAAUUUUGGUCUAACUUUGCUAUCACCUUCUUCUUAGCAGUUGCCCUAAGUUUGACCUUCGAAUCUCCCAUUAUAGUUCUAGAAAAAUGCAUCCGAAAUAGACUUUCAGGAAAUUAUCCAUCGGAGAAUAAUAGUAUAACGGAAACAAUAAACAUAGUUAUACCAAGGAUAAAUCCAGCUCCGCCCGUGGAUUCCCCGUACACGGAACCACUGAAGUAAAUUAAACCACAAUUAGAAUCGUACGAUGUCGAAUGAAUAUUUUAUGCAACACCACCGCCGGACGCAGAGCGGAUUGGUGACCCAUCUCCAUAUGUACAAAACGCAUUCGUAGUAUGCAAGAAUU